AUGCUAAAUGGUGAGGAGCAAUAUGGAUCGGAAAUGAUUGAAGAUACGUUUGAAAACCCACCUAAAAACUAUUACAUUUUGUCAUUCAAGAUCAUUAAAUUACAUGAAAUUUCUGAUUUUCAUAUAAACAACAUAAACAACGAGAAUGCAGGUGAAAAUGGACCUGAAUAUGGAAACGAGGAUGAAGGAGAUUCCUCAUCAACUGAAUCUGAAUUUGUGGGAAAUUUAAAAAAUGUUCACAAAUACAUUGAUAUGGAUGAUUCUGGUUAUAAUAAUGUAAUUGGUGGUACAGGAAAGAUAACGAUUUACGUAAAUAUAUUAGAUAUGCGUCGCGUCGCGUUUCCUAAUACCACGAGACAAAAAAUGACUGCAGUUUUAAGAACGAGAACAUACUUGAAUUUCAAGGUGUCUGAUAAUGACAAAGACGUAAAUGAUUACUUUAGAGAAGUCGAAGCACAGUACUGGCAAUUGAAACACUACCUUAAUCAUCGUCUGGAAAACGAAAAUGUGAUUCGACCCUGGACAGAGAUUUAUGAAGAUUGGCGGAAAUCGCUCGAAAUCAUUAAAAAAAACAAAUAUCGAAAAAUACCAGACUGUGUUUGUGCGUUAUGCAAUGAUCUACUAGACAUUAGUGAAACCUUUGAAGGUGAUUCAGUUCUUCAAAGUUGUAAGCGGUGGUACAAUACUUUUUACGACCGAAACUUUGAUUUUCAGUUAGCCGAGAGGGGUCAGGAACUAGAAACGAGUAUAAUGCAACAGGAAGAACGUGCUUUUUCCUCUCAGAAAAAGUCGGAACUAUUCUAUAAAGUUACAAAUAAGCUUAACCAAUCAGAUGAUAUCGGAAAAUCCGACCAU